AUGCUAAGCGGCGCCUCUGCAGCGCGCCCUCGAGGGAUGCACUUCCCUCAACUCGCCUCUGUUAUGCAACUGCACGCCGGCACAUCAGCUGUCCGAUCACGGCACUCUUAUCGAAUCUUUGCAGUCUAUCGCGGCUUGGACAUCGUCACUAACAAAGUUACCGAAGAAGAAGCUGAUGGCGUUCCUCACUACUGCCUCAACUUCUUGGAUCCUCUGUCUAGUUACACAGUAGUCGACUUCAGGAACAGAGCCCUCCCUAUUAUAGAGAGGCUGUUCUCGGAAGGUAAACUGCCCGUAGUUGUCGGAGGAACCCACUACUAUAUCGAGUCCUUGCUGUGGAAAGUGCUAGUCGCGGAUGGUGAAGAUGUGGCUGAAGCCUUCGUGAAGGAACCUCUGGGUUGUGUGUCCCGGGCACGCCUCUUCGCCGAAGAGUUGGAGCUCAUCCUGGAAUCCGCCUCCCAAAAGUUAGGGGUUACGGAAUGGUCCGUCCUCAAGGAAUUCUUCGCCGUCGGAGGGGACAGCGAUGUCCUAGAAGCUGGAAAGGAAUUUUGUCUUAAAGCCCAGAGCAUGUCCGAAGAGGAAGCCUUCCAGGUCCUCCCCGACUUGGAGAAGAUCCUGGAAGCGGUGUCGGAACACCAUCCUGAUCCUGGAGGAAGGACGAACAGGAGACUCCACGCUAGGCUGAAGGAGGUGGACGGCGAACGGGCGGACCGCCUCCACUACAACGACGUCAGGAAGGUCCUCAGGUAA